GAGAGAGAGCGGCUAUACUAUUCUUCAUUCAUUUGAUUUGAUCGAAUCAGAGUCUCUUCCCCAACGUUUCGACGCGACAGGUGGGCGAAAUUCUUUGCUUUUCCCUCUUUCUCUCUCAAAAUCUCUCAACUUCGUAUCCUAUCCUCCACCAAUCUCUGCAAAUUUCCUCCCAAUCCAUGGAUUCCUUCAUCCACCUUCAAUUUCCCGCUGUUUCUCGAUUUCAUGCUUGCAGGUCUCUAUUUGUUUCCUUUUGGUGGUAAUGUCGUGGAUUCAUUAUGGCUUCCGAUUCUUCAUCUGAGGGAACUGCUCACGAUCCAUCAAGGUACAGUAAGAUGAGUAUGGAGGAGAAAAGGAAUUUGGUCUAUGAAAUAUCGGAUCAGCCAAAUGCUUCUGAUCUGCUUCAGUCCUGGAGUCGUCAUGAGAUUUUAGAGAUCCUAUGUGCAGAGAUGGGGAAAGAGAGGAAAUAUACUGGAUUAACAAAACUGAAAAUAAUUGAGAACCUUCUGAAAAUUGUAAGUGAAAAGAAAUCAGGGUCAUCUGAGGAUGUAACAGAUCUUGACAGUCAGUCUUCUCCCUGUGUUUAUCCAAAGAUUACCAAAAGGCAAAGAAAAGUUGAUCAGCCAGCACGGCUACCUGUUCCUGCAAACCAUAUUCCAAUCAGUAGCACUAGGAGUGACUCAAAUAUUGCAGUAUACUGCAGAAAUUCGGCAUGCAAAGCUACCUUAAACCAAGAGGAUAGAUUUUGCAAGAGGUGUUCAUGCUGCAUUUGUUAUCAGUAUGAUGAUAAUAAGGAUCCUAGUCUAUGGUUAAGUUGCAGCUCUGACCCACCAUUUCAAGACACUUCAUGUGGUAUGUCAUGCCAUCUUGAAUGUGCAUUGAAGCAUGAAAAAUCUGGGAUUUCUAGAGGACUGCGGGCUGGAAUUGAAGGGACUUUUUGUUGUUUAUCGUGUGGAAAAGUCAAUGACUUGCUUGGGUGUUGGAGAAAACAAUUGAUGAAGGCAAAGGAAACCAGAAGGGUGGAUAUACUGUGUUACCGCCUCUCUUUAAGCAAAAAGCUUUUGGUUGAAGUUGAAAAGUAUCAAGACGUUCAUCAGAUUGUGGAUGAGGCUGUGAAGAAACUUGAAGCUGAAGUGGGUCCUUUGACUGGUGUACCGGUUGGUACGGGCAGGGGCAUUGUUAACAGACUUUCUUCAGGACCAGAGGUUCAGAAACUCUGCACGUUAGCCAUUGAUACACUGGACUCCUUGCUCUCCACGAAGAUCUUGCACCAAUUGCCCAGUUCCAUAAUACAAGAUACUAAUUUGGUUGGUAGAAACUUCGUAAGGUUCGAAGAUGUUGAUGCAACAAACCUUACAGUGGUUGUGGGUACUGAGGAUGUUUCAUCUGGAAAAACUGCUGGUUUCAGGAUAUGGCAUCGAAAGGCAUGCGAAAUAGAUUACCCUAUGGAGCCAACUUGCACCUUGUCUCAACCCAAUUUGAGCUCUGUCGUCCGAGGGCUGACCCCAUCUUCAGAAUAUUAUUUCAAAGCCAUUUCCUUUGAUGAGACAGGAGAUUUGGGGAUGUGUGAAGUUCAGGUCUCAACUGCUACUGCUCGGGAGGAUAACACAGACUGCUUGGUGACUGAAAGGUGUCAGAGUCCUGUGACCAACUUCAGUGAGCUCUCAAAUCCAUCUUCGGUAGAAGAUGAAACUAACAAUGUAGUACCUUGUAGCGACCAGACUGACAGUCGAACAGGGAGCUAUCUUUCAUAUUGCAAGGAUUCUAACAAGAUCUUGACGGCUAACCUGUCUAAGGAUGCAAUAAACUGCACCGAUGUCAGUGGAAGGGGAACGGCAAAAGAUUCUGUAUCAUUGUUGGAUGAGGAUCACGUUACAAGGAAAAGCUCCAUGCUGCCUGAUCCCAGUGUUUCAAAACUUGAAGACGGGCAUUCCUCUGAUGUCCAUAUCAUUGAAGAUACAAGCAUGAAUAACGGGUCAAAUUCUGCUAUUCAAGAAGGGACUAAAUGCGCACCAUUUGUUAGCAGCUCUGAGGCUGGAUUGCCAGUUACUCCUUGCAAGAUGGAAAUACUCAAGGAUGUUCUUGGAAGGAGUGGUCGAUUGAAGUCUAGCGCCAAAGAUCGAGAAACAGGGUCGGGAGGAGAGGAACGCCGACAUGGCAGAACAUCCAAGAAGAGAAGUGCAGAGAGGCAAGAUGCUGAUUGUGCAGCCAAUGGCAUAUCAGACAAGGAUUUUGAGUAUUAUGUAAAAUUGAUUAGAUGGCUAGAAUGCGAGGGGCACAUAGAGAAGAACUUCAGACAAAAAUUCUUAACCUGGUACAGCUUGAGAGCCACAGCACAGGAUGUUAGGAUUGUGAAGGCCUUUGUUGAUAACUUCAUUGAAGAUCCAUCAGCCCUUGCAGAGCAACUUGUGGAUACCUUUUCAGAAUGCAUUUCAAUCAAGAAAACAUGCGCUGUGCCUGCUGGAUUCUGCAUGAAGCUUUGGCAUUGAUCAUAUCAGUGGUAGGAAUUCUUUAGAUACAUUUCUUUCUUUUUCGAUGUAAACUUGUCAUCAAUUGAAUUGGGCAUCAUCUGAGCUCUGUUUAGAAUUCUUAUGAUUUUAACACAUACAUGUCAUCCACAUUCCCCACUUUUAACAUUUCGAUCAGAUUUGUAGCUGAGUAUGA